CUGGGUGGUGGUGUGAUCAGGUGCGCAGAACAGAUAAACAGGCUGUGUGGGAGAUAAGAAAACACACACAUAUAGAGGAACUGGCCAUAGCACUGCCCUGACACACACACCAGCCUUUUCCUGCUGGACAAGAGAUGCACUAAAGCUGCCACUAGUCACACAGGAGAUGCGGAGACAAUCCUGAAAGAGGACGCAGAACACCGGAUCGGGUGUUGGAAGCAAGGGUGUUUAUAGCAGUUUAUUUCCCAUUGUCUGCUAUAUUGUCUUUGGGUCGUAAAGAUGGCGGAAGGUGCAAGAUUGCGCACCAGUGCUGAGAAGAUCCCAGAGGAAAAGGGACAGGACUCUGGCUCAGGUUCAAGCUCUGGGGAAGAUGGUGGUGUGGCUCUGAAGAAAGAGAUUGGGUUGGUGAGCGCCUGUGGCAUUAUAGUAGGUAAUAUUAUUGGUUCUGGUAUAUUUGUAUCGCCAAAGGGAGUGCUGGAGAAUGCAGGUUCUGUGGGAAUGGCACUCAUUGUAUGGAUUGUCACAGGGGUAAUCACUGCAGUAGGAGCCCUUUGCUAUGCAGAACUAGGGGUCACCAUCCCAAAAUCUGGAGGAGACUAUUCAUACGUUAAAGAUAUAUUUGGUGGAUUAGCAGGGUUCCUCCGACUGUGGAUAGCAGUUCUGGUAAUAUAUCCUACAAAUCAAGCCGUUAUUGCCCUGACAUUCUCCAAUUACGUCCUGCAGCCCCUCUUUCCUACAUGCUUUGCACCAGAGUCUGGACUUCGAUUGUUGGCUGCAGUCUGUCUAUUGUUGCUGACAUGGGUGAACUGCGCCAGUGUGCGCUGGGCAACUCGCGUGCAGGACAUAUUUACAGCUGGAAAACUUUUAGCCCUGGGACUUAUCAUUAUUAUGGGAAUUGUGCAGAUCUGCAAAGGAGAGUAUUUCUGGCUGGAGCCAAAGAACGCCUUUGAGAAUUUCCAGGAGCCAGACAUUGGUCUGAUUGCACUGGCCUUCUUGCAGGGAUCCUUCGCUUACGGUGGCUGGAAUUUCCUCAACUAUGUCACAGAAGAACUGGUGAACCCCUACAAGAACUUGCCCCGUGCCAUCUUUAUCUCUAUUCCACUUGUUACCUUUGUGUACGUAUUUGCCAACAUUGCCUAUGUGACUGCCAUGUCACCCCAGGAAUUACUGGCAUCCAACGCUGUGGCUGUGACAUUUGGUGAAAAGUUGCUAGGUGUUAUGGCCUGGAUCAUGCCAAUUUCUGUGGCUCUCUCCACUUUUGGGGGAGUCAAUGGAUCUCUCUUUACUUCAUCCAGGUUGUUUUUUGCGGGAGCCAGAGAGGGCCAUCUCCCAAGUGUAUUGGCAAUGAUUCACAUCAAACGUUGCACUCCUAUUCCAGCCCUGCUCUUUACUUGCAUCUCCACUCUUCUGAUGUUAGUGACCAGUGAUAUGUACACUCUUAUCAAUUACGUGGGCUUCAUCAAUUACCUGUUUUAUGGAGUAACAGUGGCAGGACAGAUUGUCCUACGAUGGAAGAAGCCAGACAUUCCACGACCUAUUAAGGUGAACCUGAUUUUCCCAGUGAUCUACCUCCUAUUUUGGGCCUUCCUACUAGUUUUCAGCUUAUGGUCAGAGCCUGUGGUCUGUGGAAUUGGCCUUGCAAUCAUGCUGACUGGGGUGCCUGUCUAUUUCUUGGGAGUGCAUUGGCAGAACAAGCCUCAGUGCUUUAAUAAUUUUGUGGAUGCCAUGACACGUGCCGGUCAAAAGCUAUGUGUGGUUGUGUAUCCCCAAAUGGACAAUAAAGAUGAAGAUGUGAGUGAAGAGACCAAAGAGCAGAGGGCGCCAAUCUAUAAACCAGGGUCUGAGGAAGAAAGUGGAGCACAAGCCUGAACUCUGAGCAUUCAGCCAUCUCCCUUGACCCCCAUAUACCCGCUGUCAAGACCUCAGUGUACAGAUCUGCAGUGAUGGAAGGAACUUGCGUGAAUGUGUUUAUGUGCAUAUGACAAUGUGUGUCUGUGUGGGUACCCCUGUGUGCCUCUUUGUGUUACUUUCCAGUACUGGUUAUUGCACCAUCGUCCUAAAUAUACCAUCUGCCCUAAUUUGGGGGCCCCCUGGGACAGGUAAUAUAAUUUGAAGUUGUAGGUGUAUAAUUGUCCCUGUCAGUUACAUGUGCAGUUUUGUCUGUGCUUUGUACUGUUGGACUUUGUAUGUCAACCACUCCUUGCGAUGCCAUAAUUAGCAGUAUGUGCUGUCUUGGAAGGAAGAAAGCUAAGUAACAGCAGUUCUGCUCAGCAUUGUGGAAUAUUGUCUGUGUACUUUGUGAACGUGCAGAUUUGAGGUCUUGGCUUGCAGUAUUUGUAUUUUCCUUUUGCCCACCCAUCCCAAUAUUGGCAACAUGUUGCUCCUUGAGGGUUACAAAUCAUUUGAAAUGUAAAAGACUGAAGAAUCUAUGGAACUUUUUUUUGUUAUUUGAACAUUGGCAGAUCCUAUAUUUCACAAAUCAUGGAUUGUGUAUCAUUUGGCUGCUCCACACUGCCUGUUAAACCAUCUCCAAUACAGACUGUGCUGCUGGAGCUGGGUUAUCAACGGACAAUCAUGUAACGUGUACAGGACAAACAUGCUUCUCUUGCUGAAGAUUUCCUGUGAAAGCAACAGGAAGUGAAAAAGUGUGACGCCAGUACACCCUAGUGUAGUCUCAGGUCUCUCUUUACCAAUCAAAUACUUUACCCCACCUCCUUACCUGACUGACCCAGGUUACUUCAGGGUAUUCUCAGUCCUGCCUCCAAUCCAAAGUUGCGAUUAACUGUAAUGUUGUGGGACCCUCCAGUCCCUUAGUACCGAAUUAACACACUCCAGAAAUUCUGGGUAAUUACCAGGAUGCUCUACAUGUUUUAUAUGAUAUAUAUAUUUUUUAUUUAGGAUUUUGUCUUUGAAUGUAAUAAAAUUAAUCUUGUGCCUUUUUGGUGAAACAUCA